AUGUUUAACUGGGACGAGGAGUGGAGCAUCUCUUUUGCAGGCUGUGGAUUCAGGAGUAUUUACUACCUGGGAGCUUUGAGCUGUAUCCUGGAGCGGGUCCCUCAGCUGGUUCACGGAGCCUCGAAGAUCUGCGGAGCUUCGUCUGGUUGUCUCGUGGCUGCGGCUCUGACUGUUGGCAUUCCCAUCGAGCAGAUCUGUGUUGAUCUUUUGAAAAUGGCGAAAGAGGCCCGAAAACACACUUUGGGAGUUUUCCACCCGACCUUCAGUCUGCUGUGGUCAGUCCGGGACUACCUGCUGGAGAAGCUUCCGGCGGACGCACACCUCCGGGCGUCUGGAAAGCUCUGCGUGUCCCUCACCAGACUGUCUGACGGGACCAACGUUUUGGUGUCAGAGUUUGACAGCAGAGAGGAGCUCAUUCAGGUUCUCAUGUGCAGCUGCUUUUUCCCUGUUUACUGCGGUUUCAUCCCCCCGUCAUACCGCGGAGUGCACUACAUGGAUGGAGCCCUGAGCAACAACCUGCCUCUGUUCGAGCAGAGGAACACCAUCACUGUGGCGCCGUUCUCCGGCGAGAGCGACAUCUGCCCCAGAGAGGGGACGUUCAACUUCUUCGAGGUGCACUACGGCAACGUAAGCAUCCAGGUCAACACGGGCAAUGUGCAUCGGGUCUGUACGUCCUUCCUCCCUCCCAGGCUUGAGAAGCUGGCUGAGAUCUGCCACAACGGCUACAUGGAUGCUCUUCACUUCCUGAGACAAAGAGAUCUGCUUGGCACACAGUGUCUUCCCCCCAGUUUGACGGCGGAGACGGACGCAGUCAAACCUGCUUGUUGUGAGCUGAUGACGGAGGCGGCUGAAGCAGACGAGUCCAACAAGACAUGUUAUGAACGAAACGUGAGAGUCACAGAGCAGCUGCCGGCUGGCAUCAGGAAACUGAAAGUGGUUUUGUACCUGCUGACGCUCCUCGUGCUGCCCAUCGAGCUGAUCAUCUUACUCACCAACAGCUUGAUAUUAUCCCUGCUGACGUGGAGCAGCGGAGACAAGGACCCCAACAGAAGUGUGUUUCCAGAGCAGCACUCCUCAGACCUCAGAACCCAGACAGGAAGAAGAAACAUUCAACAUUUGACCUCAACAAUCACCAACAAAACUCUUCACUGGGACAAAAACGGGAACGUGGAGCUCUUCUCCGUCACCUCCACCUCUAACACAGCUGCACAUGGGGACUUUAAAGAGAAGUAA